AGAUAUCUAAAACUCUCUGAGAAGCUACAGAUAAUUCACCUGUUGAUCAAGUUAUUCGAGAGCAUCACCCGAAUCAAGAGAAAUAACUAAAAGAAAAUGGUUAGAGCUCCAUGCUGUGAGAAAAUGGGACUGAAAAGGGGACCAUGGACAGUUGAAGAGGACCAGAUUUUGAUCACUUACAUAAGUCGUCACGGUCAUGGAAAUUGGCGGGCGCUUCCAAAACAAGCCGGUUUACUCAGAUGUGGGAAGAGUUGCAGACUUAGAUGGACUAAUUACUUGAGACCUGAUAUUAAACGAGGAAAUUUUAGUAGCCAAGAAGAAGAAACAAUCAUCAUGCUGCACAAGAUGCUCGGUAAUAGAUGGUCAGCAAUUGCAGCGCGCCUACCUGGAAGAACAGACAAUGAAAUUAAAAAUGUCUGGCACACCCAUCUCAAGAAAAGACUGUGUAAACAGAAUCAAACUAACCCUGCAGCCGAACAUUAUGCUAUGGACAUAUCAAAACCCACGGGUGAAUCGAAUUCAUCAAAGUUGGAAGAUCAGAACUACGUUCAUCUAUCCCCACAACAUUCAUCUAGUGAAUUCUCCUCAAGUACAGAAUUUUCGGAUGCAAAUGCUGACAACCACAUCAAUGGGAACACAAACAUGGACGAGAACAUUUGGUCACAAGCAUUUUCCGUUGAAAAUUUCAAGACAAAUGAAGAUUAUCCGGCCAUCACAACAGACCCAUAUUUUCAAGUUCCUUCACCUAUGCUUUCUACUACAACUUAUGAAUCGAGCGUCCAAUACACAGAUUUCUGGUACAAGUUAUUGAUGGAGGCAGGGGAGUUGAUGUAAUUUUCUGAGAAGUUAAAAAAGACAGAAUACUGUUUGAGUUCUGUUGUAGCGUAGAAGCAUCAAGUCGAUGUCACUCUAGUGGAACGAUAAAAUUUUCGGGAGACGACACCAAUGACCUGAGUUCGAUACUAGGUCUCACUAAAAAAUUUGCCGACCGAGUAAAAACAUGAAAACUAUGAUGCUCAAGGUAAAUAGUGAUGAAAUGUAAAAAAUCUGCCUUAAAGUUUGAACCGAAGAGGAGAGAAGAUUUUCCAUUUUUGCAUACAGAGUUUGAAUAACUUGAUAAAUAUGUCAUGAAAUAAACUGCUAACAUUCGAGUACUAACUUAUGUGUAUGUUUGACUCAAAUCAAUCUGAAUACGUCAUGUCAUUAAUAUCCAAA